AUGACUUCAUAUGGAUCACUUAUGAGAUUGUUGUACGAUCAAAGGGAAAAGGAUAAAAUAGAAAAGAGAUUGGAAAAGAAGACACAACCGAUGCUUACAUCAUCAUGCGUAUUGACUCCCACAGGCAUUUUGGCAUCAGGUGACACAGAAAAGCUCCAGCUUGCUUUGGAAGUUCCAGUGUCGGAGCUCAUUGGGAAGAAUAUUCUCCUCUACUUCUCAGCACAGUGGUGCGGCCCCUGCCGCGCCUUCCUACCUAAACUCAUAGAGGAAUACAAGAAGAUCAAGGACAAGGACAGCGCCUUUGAGGUGGUCUUCAUCUCCAGUGAUGAAGACCAGAAUUCUUUUGAGGACUUCUUCUCAGGCAUGCCUUGGCUGGCACUCCCCUUCGGGGAUGUGCGAAAGAAGUCAUUGAGCCGCCUUUUCAAAAUACGCGGAAUCCCUUCUCUUGUUGCCAUUGGACCUACUGGAAAGACAGUCACUACGGAUGCGAAACUCCUCUUGUUGAUCCAUGGAGCUGAUGCCUAUCCGUUCACAGAGGAGAGGAUCAAGGAGUUGGUGGAGAACAAGGAGAAAACUGGUGAAGAGCAGGAAGAAACCAAGGAAGGAUACGUAUGUGAUGGGGAUGUUUGCCGCAAAGCCUAG